AUGGCUGAAAUACACACUCCAUAUUCUUCCUUGAAGAAAACGUUAUCUUUACUGAAUGGCUUCGUGACUGUGUCUGGCAUAAUCCUCAUUGGCCUGGGCCUCAAUGUCAAGUAUGGAGAGGCCACCCUGACGAGGGUCCUUGGAUUGUCUUCUGCAUACCUCUUUCACUUUGGUUACCUGUGCCUGGUCAUAGGCUGCAUCGCGGUACUGCUUGGCCUCGCGGGGUGGUAUGGAUCUACGAAAGAAAGCAGAAGCACUCUCUUUUUUUGUUUCCUGCUCAUGAUUAUCAUUCUCAUCCUGGAAAUCACGGCGGCUGCUGUGGUCCUCGCUCUCUUCCGCAUGGUUCGAGAAGUGGCCUUGGAGCACACCUUCAUGACUCUGAGGAAGAAUUACAGAGGUUACAACGAGCCAGAUGACUAUUCUGAACAGUGGAACUUGGUCAUGGAGAAGUUAAAGUGCUGUGGGGUGAAUAACUACACGGAUUUUUCUGGCUCUUCCUUUGAAAUGACAACUGGUCACACCUACCCCAGGGGCUGCUGCAUAUCCAUAGGAGCUGCAGCCUGUGACGGGCAUACAGUGUCCAAAGAUGUCAUCCACCAGAAGGGCUGUUUCCACAAGCUCCUGAAGAUAACCCAGACCCAGAGCUUUACCCUGAGUGGGUUCUCCCUGGGGGCAGCAGUGAUACAGUUGCCGGGAAUCCUUGCCACCCUGCUGCUCUUCAUCAAGCUGGGCUGA